ACGUGGCACUGUUGCUGACGUGGUACUGCUGACGUGGCACUGUACCAACCCGGGAAUGCAUGCAAAGGGGUGGGUGGGAGGGAAAACGAAGGUCACGGUUGCCGUGGAUGAGCAUGGAUGUGGCGGAAAUGAGGACAUCAAUUUCCAUUAUACAGGGUUCUCGCUUUCUGGGAGGGUGAUGGGUGUGGCUGGAGGGCCUAGUUGUAAAUCCCCCAACCAUGGUCCGCAAGGAGUGAAUGUUACUGUGUCUUCCCUGGCCGGCGAAGAAGUUUCCUGCACUGAGACAGGCGAGGACGGGUCAUUCUCCUUUGGAAAUCUGCCAACGGGGCGAUACUUGGUCUCAGCUUUCCAUUCGAGAUGGAACAUUGAAGGCAGCCCUGUUGAGGUUACUCUUGGAUGGGGAAAUGCGAUUGUUCCGGACGUGCUCUUGGUUGAUGGAUAUGACCUUGAAGGCUCCGUUGUUUCACAGGGCAAUCCAGUUCUUGGUGUGCAAAUCUACCUCUUCUCCGACGAUGUAGGCAACGUGAAGUGUCCUCAAGGCCUUGGAAACCCACCGCAAGCGAACUACAAGUAUGCGUUGUGUCAUGGUUUGUCGGGCACAGAUGGCCGUUUUAACUUUCCCGCAGUGCCUUGUGGGGAGUAUGUGGUGGUCCCCGUGUACAAAGGGGAGCAUACAGUGUUUGACGUUUCUCCUCAGAGCCAAAAGGUGGUGGUCGGACAUGGGAAAACAACAGUGGAUCCUCCUUUUCAGGUGACAGGUUUCUCAAUUGGUGGGUGGGUGAGAGAUGGUGCUGGUCAAGGUAUCGAAGGGGCCUCAAUAUUGAUCGAUGGAGUUGAGCGUGUUGUGACAGAUGACACAGGGAAGUACAAGAUUGACCAGGUGACAUCUGCUCGCUACACAAUCGAGGCACGAAAGGGCACCUACAAGUUCAGCUCACUGCAGAAGUUCAUGGUGUUGCCUAACCUGGACGUGCUGCCAGAUAUCAAGGUGACACACUACAGCUUGUGUGGCUCGGUUCAGGUGUUUGAUUCAAGGCUAGCGGGGCAGCAGAGACAAAUUGAAUUGGUCGUUAUGGGAGACCAAGAGACCCGGCAAGUGCUCGAAGUGGACAAGGAUGGCAGAUACUGUGCGCAGGUGGAACCGGGAAGGUAUCAAUUAAGUCCUGUUGUGUACCCUGAAGAGAGAGAAAGGGGACUUUUGUUUGCUCCAGCAUUCGAGGAGGUGACAAUAAGUCACAAACCAGUCCUCAAUGUUCAUUUUUCGCAGGCUUUGAUUUCCAUCUCAGGACGCGUACGGUGCAUACGUGCGCCUUGUGGUUCGGCAGUGACAGUGUCCUUGACUCCUGUCCCAAGCAACAAAGUGUCAGGAGGAACUGUAUCCAAACAGUGGAAUCAUACGGUGGUCUUGGGGCCGGAUGAUUCCUUCAUUUUCAAGGAUGUGUAUCCAGGGACCUACAUUGUCACGGCCAAGCAGCCAACUUGGUGUUGGCUAAAGAGCAGCCAAGAAGUAUCUGGCUUGGAGGAUAUAUUGGGGGUCGAGUUCAUCCAAAAGGGAUAUACUAUGACAAUAACUUCGAUGCAUGAGGUUUCUGCAGUAAUAACCAGCAAACACUCAAUGAUCAAAGAUGUGAUCAAGGUUGGAACACAGAAAUGGUGCCUUGAGCACCCAGAGGUCCAUGUGGUAGGAUUCGAGAAUCCGUGCUUAUUUUUUGGUCAGGAGUCGUUUUCCUUCGACCCAGAAAAUCCUGAGCCGAUCUUGUUGAAGGCAACAAAAUACCUCGUCAGAGGACAGCUAAUGGUGAGCUCCCUGAAAAAUGCGGAUGUGAACGCAAUUGGCCACGAGUUUUCUGUUGAUGUUUGCAAACCAAACGGCGAGAGAACGGAAACGCUGCAGGUCACCAGGGUUGCUGUGUUCAAUGAAAGCUCGCAGAGGGCAGUGUAUGGGUUCUCAAAAUGGGCUGAGAUGGGGGAGUCGUUCGUGUUCAUGCCAGAGCAUGCCUCGCUGCUAUUUUACCCUCGUCAUCGACAGGUGACCGUGGUGGAGGAUGGUUGUCAGCUGAUGAUGGAACCAUUCGACGUUCGGCCAGGGUUGACGAUCGAAGGUUUGGUGGCCCCACCAAUCGAGGGUGUUACGGUGACCGUUAAGUUCAAGAAGGCGAGUGCGGCCGCAGGCAGCGACGCUGGACGGAUAGCAGCAGUUGUCACUGCCGACAAUAUGGGAUCUUAUGCAGCUGGACCCUUGUUUGACGAUGCAUCAUAUGAAGUCGCUGCAGAAAAGGAAGGCUAUCAUUUCCGAUCACUGGGCAGCUACAACUUUGAAGGGCAAAAACUUGGCCAAGUUGUUGUCAAUGUCAGACUAACUGGCGUGCAAGAUGGAGAAGGUGAAGCAAUGAGUGGUGUGCUUCUUUCCCUCAGCGGCGCGGGCGGCUAUCGGAAAAAUGCUGUCUCGGGCCCAACUGGCUCCUUCUCGUUCACUGGCCUGUUCCCAGGGAGCUAUUUUCUGCGGCCGAUGUUGAAGGAGUAUAGUUUCACACCGGCUGCUGAGGCGAUUGUACUGAAGGGUGGUGAAUCGAAGCUUGUUGAAUUUAUUGCACGCAGGGUUGCCUACAGCGUGCGAGGAUCAGUCAGAGCUCUUGGUGGGAGGCCUGAGGAGGGAGUUUUGGUGGAGGCACGUUCCCAGUCUGGGACACAGUAUGAGGAGGCAAGAACAGACGCUCAGGGUCAAUACCGUCUUCGAGGACUUCAUCCUCAGGCAGCGUAUAGAGUUCAAGUCAAGUUGAACGCAGAAAUCCAAUCGAGAAUUGAACGCUCGUCACCAAGCAAGUUUGAGAUUACGAUUGGUGUGAAUGACACCGAGAAUGUAGACUUUGUCGUCUUUGAGCAACCGGCAACAUGCACGCUAACGGGAACGGCACGACCGUCAACCAGCCAGUGGCAGCCUCACAUUAAAGUCCAAGUUGUGCACGCCCAGUCGCCUGACAGGGUGGAGAGAGAGGUUCCACUGCCGUUGUCGCAUUUCUUUGCGAUUCCAGGACUACAGAAAGGGAAGUACAUUGUGCGGCUCGUCUUCGGACUCCCUGAACGCACCCAUAACUUCAAAUCCAACUCUGUGGAGGUGGACCUGGAUGCCAACUGCCAAGUACACAUUGGUGCCCUUGAGUUUGAAGCAGAAGAGAGGCAUGAGAAACAGGAAUUGGCACCUGCCCCUGUGAUCCCAGUCGCUGUUGGCUUGCUUAUCAUCGUUUUGGCGGCAAACAUGUCAAGGUUACAGAGCACCUAUAGUUGGGUUGUUGGCGCAGCAACGACUACCGCAGCUGCAACUGGAGUCAACUCUGGAACUGGCUCUGGUUCAGGAGCUGCAGGUGCAGCGCAAGCUGCCGCAGCGGAUAAGAGAAGGGACAUGAAAAAGCUUGCCAGGAGGCGGAUAGCAUGAUUCAGGAGGCCAGCUGUAGUGGCGUGGUGAUUGCUCUGCAGUGUGGCGUACCCAGCAUGCAAUGAAAAAUCCGAAGCCAUGCCAUUCACGAG